GGGGAGGAAGGGAGGUCCCCAAGAUGGCGAUGCUGGCGGAGCCCCGUAGAAGGCAGAAGUGGUCUGUGGAUCCACGGAAUAGCGCUUGGAGUAAAGAUGAAUCUAAAUUUGGCCAGAAGAUGCUGGAAAAGAUGGGCUGGUCCAAAGGAAAGGGUCUUGGGGCUCAGGAACAAGGAAAUACAGAACAUAUCAAGGUUCAGGUGAAAAACAACUUGCUGGGGUUAGGAGCAACCAUCAAUUAUGAGGACAACUGGAUUGCUCAUCAGGAUGACUUCAACAAGCUUCUGGCUGAACUGAAUGAUUGCCACGGACAGGGUGAAACAGAGUCCUCAGCGAAUAACCAGAAGAAGACAUUCAGUCUCGAAGAAAAAUCCAGAUCUUCCAAGAAACGUGUCCAUUAUAUGAAGUUUGCAAAAGGUAAGGAUCUCUCUUCGCGCAGUGAAGAUGAUCUGUCCUGCAUAUUUGGGAAGCGACAGAAGAGUAUGAAGACACAGGAGGAUGUUACCGAUCCGGAGCCUCAGGAAGAGAAGAAGAGAAACGGCUGGCUAUCCGAGCCUGCCGACGGUUACAAUACAGUGAAGAGUGCUCUCACUGUACAGGAAUAUUUCGCUAAGCGCAUGGCAAAACUGAAGGGAUCCCAGAAUGAAGCAGAAACAAAGGUAGAUCAUUCCUGCCCAACAGCUGACGAAGCUUUGGAGCCUUCAGAAGAACUGAAAACCAAAGUCAAAAAGAAAAAGAAGAAGCAGAAGAGAGAUGAGGCAGAGAGUACAGAGUAUGGUGAGAAACCAAAAGUGAAACAAUCUAAGAUAGGUAGCUUGAAUGGAAAGGAACUGGAUGCUUCAUUAAAUGAGUGUCACUCAGGGAAAAAGAAAAGGAAACAUAAAGAGCAGCACGAAGAGGAAAGAGUUAGUUGUGAUGAAAAUAUGGUCAACGGAGAAAUUGAUACAGGAUUAUCUGAUGGGGAAGAUCUCAGCGUAAAGGACUAUGAGGCAAAGCAAAAGAAACGCCAUAAGAAGAAACACAACAGGCAAAAAGAGGAGACAGAUGAGUGUAUCGAAGGAGCGCAGAGAAAGAAAAAGAAGCACUGCAAGCACAUUUAA